ACAGAUGUGGUUUACUGACUUUCCAGAGCCUAGUAAGGGGCGGUAAACUGUGUGAUGUCAGUGUGACGGAAGUGCUCCAGGCAGUCAGUCCAGGGAGUCCUGGCCCGGCUAUAGCUUCUCUUAUCAGAUUUAAGUAAGGCAAUGUCUGGAGGGAUGUCGCAGUUCCAAGAAGCCAUCAGACAUGAAUUGGAGGAGGCCAUGAAGGUCGACCUGGAAAAGAUAUUGGCUACGGCAUCUGAGGAUGAACUGGAGCACACAAAGAAAGACCUGGCAGGCUUCCAGAAUUUGUUUCACCGAUUUUUGCAAGAGAAGGGCCCUUCUGUGGACUGGGAGAAAAUCCAGAGACCUCCAGAGGAUUCUAUUCAGCCAUAUGAGAAGAUGAAAGCCAGAGGCCUCCCAGUGAACGUUUCUUCAGUCCUCAACAAACUCGUUGUCGUUAAACUUAAUGGAGGUUUGGGGACCAGCAUGGGCUGUAAAGGCCCAAAAAGCUUGAUAGGGGUCCGCAAUGAAAAUACCUUCCUAGAUCUCACAGUGAAACAAAUAGAGCACUUGAACAUAACCUACAACACAAACGUCCCUCUCGUUCUCAUGAAUUCAUUCAACACAGAUGAGGACACCAAGAAAAUCCUUCAGAAGUACAGCCACUGUCGGGUGAAGAUUUACACAUUUAAUCAGAGCAGGUACCCAAGAAUUAACAAGGAAUCCUUAUUACCGAUCGCCAAGGACUUGUCUUACUCAGCGGAGAAUGCAGAAGCCUGGUACCCCCCUGGUCACGGUGACAUCUAUGCUAGUUUUUAUAACUCGGGCCUCUUGGACACACUGAUAGACGAGGGGAAAGAAUAUAUAUUUGUCUCAAAUAUCGAUAAUCUGGGCGCCACGGUGGACCUUUAUAUUCUCAACCACCUCACGAAUCCACCAAAUGGAAAACGUUGUGAGUUUGUCAUGGAGGUCACAGACAAGACCAGAGCUGAUGUGAAGGGUGGUACGCUCACUCAGUAUGAAGGGAAGCUGCGGUUGGUGGAAAUUGCACAAGUGCCCAAACCCCAUGUUGACGAGUUUAAAUCCGUGUCUAAGUUCAAGAUCUUCAACACAAAUAAUUUGUGGAUCUCCUUGCCGGCUAUCAAGCGGUUACAAGAAGCCAACUCCAUUGAUAUGGAAAUCAUAGUUAAUCCAAAGACCUUGGAUGGCGGUUUAAAUGUUAUCCAGCUGGAGACCGCUGUGGGUGCUGCUGUCAAAAGUUUUGAAAAUUCACUGGGCAUCAAUGUCCCUCGAAGCCGCUUCCUUCCAGUGAAAACCACAUCUGAUCUGCUGCUUGUCAUGUCCAACCUGUACAGCCUGAAUGCCGGAUCACUGACCAUGAGUGAGAAGAGGGAGUUUCCUACAGUGCCCCUGGUCAAACUGGGCAGCUCAUUCACCAAGGUGCAAGACUACUUGAAGAGGUUUGAAAGCAUACCAGACAUGCUCGAGCUGGAUCAUCUCACCGUGUCAGGAGAUGUGACCUUUGGGAAGAAUGUUGCACUGAAGGGCACAGUAAUUAUCAUCGCUAAUCAUGGUGACAGAAUUGACAUCCCACCUGGUGCUGUGUUGGAAAACAAGAUUGUGUCUGGAAACCUUCGGAUCCUGGACCACUGAAGCCACCUCUGCGUAAACCGAUUUUUAUGAAUGAUGUACAGUACACAAUAUUAAAAGCUCUGAAUGGAGGUGGCUGGUACCCAGCUGAUCCGACCCUAGUGGUCCUAAUCCCCACAUUAUUGUCAGUAUUGUACAAUGUCUGUGUGUUAUAUAGUCUUUAUUUAAACAAAGAAGAAUUCCCUGUUAUAUUUGGAAGCAAUAAAUACAGUAUUUAGUAGUCUAGAAAAGGAGAACCCUGUUAAUGUAGAAAACCCUUUAAAGUGCAAUACCGUCCUUAUGUGUGACAAAAUAAAAGGACAAAC